GUCACGGUUGAAUUAAAAAUUGAUAACCAUACACCAUCCAAACUAUUAUACCAAAACGACAACCAACAUCGUCACGGUUGAUUUGUGCUUCAAAGCUUCGCAGCAUGCAAAUCCCGUGGACCAAAAUUAGAACCACACCACGGAAAAUGUAUAUCAAAACAACAACGAAGUAUCGAUCACGGUAGCUUAUUUUUAAACUUUAGGAGCAGGCAGAUUUGUUGAGCAAAAUGACAACCAUACGUGCAUUUCUUGAGCUGCUGCUGCUGUACACGCUCGGCUAGCGCAUGGCUGCCGUGACGCCCUUCGACUACCUCCCUUGCUUCUCCUCCCGGCUCGCCCGGCAUGGUGGCAGCAGUGAUGAUGGCGAUGACCUUGCCCGAGUCGCUCUCAAGUCCAUCGGGUUCAUCUUUGCCACAACCAAAGCCGGCAGUGUGCUGGAUUACAAACCAUCCAUUGUGGCUGCAGCUGCAGCAGCGCCACGGCCAGCUCGACAUCCUCUACAGCCAGCUCGACAUCCUCUACAGCAAGGGUCCUCGGCGCAUGCGCCCCUGGCCGUGCUCAACCUCGCCGACUUCGACCGCGUCAUGGCGGCCAACACGCGCUCCACGGUGGCCGGCAUCAAGCAGGCCGCGCACGUCAUGGUGCCGCGCCGCAGCAGGUGCAUCCUCUGCACGGGGAGCACCACGGGCACGCUCGGCGGGGUCCCCGCGCUCCCGUAUAGCCUCUCCAAGGCCACGGUGGUGGGCGUGGUGCGGCUGGUCCCGGAGGAGCUGGCGCGCCCCGGCAUGCGCAUGAACGCAAUUUCACCGCACACCAUCGCCACGCCGCUCCUGGUCCGGUCGCUGGCGAGGGCGAACCCGGACGUCGGCGACGAGACGCUGAAGCGGAUGGUGGAGAGGGGCAUGAGCAAGCUCCAAGGGGCCGUGCUGGAGCCAGAGGACAUGGCCAGAGCCGCCGUCUACCUCGCGUCCGACGAGGCCAAGUACGUCACCGGGCAUAACCUCGUGGUGGACGGUGGCUUCGCCGUCGGGAAGCUGAUCAACGUGCGCCCGGCGAGCUGAGGGGAGCCGCAACUUCAAAAGUUAUUUCAUUGUUAGCCCGACAAACGGUGUUCGUGCCAAUACGUAACUCUCUAAAAUACUGGCAUAGACCACAGGGCGUAGGCACAAUUAAUUCCAUGCACGCCUCCCGUUUUCAGGAUCGUUUUG